AGAACGCGGUGCUGCGCCCAGGAGGGCAGGUCGGACCUCCAGACCUGGGGCAGGGGCGGCUGGCGUGACGGCGUGGCCAGUGUUCCUGAGCGAGCAGGGGCUCGGCAGCAGAGCGCACCCCGCACCUUUGAGCCCAAGGCGCGGAGAUCUCCGCUCAUCCAGGCCGCACCCCGGCCCUGCUUUUUUCCGUCCGGACCUAGGCGCCGCGGGUUCUACUGACCCCGCCAGCCAGGGGAAGCCGUGACGGACCCCGAGGCUCGCGGGGUGGGGGCGGCGGGAGACAGAGCCCAGGGAGAACCGCCGGGGCGACGCGGCAGUUACCCUACUGGGUCCUCCCGGGGACGGCGACCAGAGAGCGAGCCCGGGGUCCGGAUCCGAGGCAGGCGUUGCGUAGGCAGCCCUGAGACCCGCUGAGUCCGAGGCUGGUGUCCGCCCGGCCCAGCGCGGACUUCUGAGGGUCCCGCGCGCUGGGACACGCCCUCAUCCUGGGGGACGACCCCGUGGCCCCAGGCACCGCCUCCCGUUCCCGCCCCGCGCCCCGCAGCGCUUAGGCUUCGGCACACUGAGGACCGAGUCCCAGUGCAGCUCCAGCCGACCCCCGGGACGUAGACAAGGGCAGGCGGGCGGUGAAGACUGUGGCCGGCCGCGUAGCCGCGCUGUGGUCCCGCUGGCCUUCUUCUCUUGGGCCGCGCAUCCUCCGGACCUGCGUCAGGAUCCUCCCCGAGUCUCCCGCUCUCUCCUCCCGGCUUGCGAACAUGCGGCCCAUUAAGCCCGGCGCCCCUUUGCCCGCACUCUUCCUGCUGGCGCUGGCUUUGUCCCUGCACGGAGCCCACGGGAGGCCCCGGGGGCGCAGGGGAGCGCGCGUCACAGAUAAGGAGCCCAAGCCGUUGCUUUUCCUCCCCGCGGCCGGGGCCGGCCGGACUCCCAGCGGCUCCCGGAGCGCAGAAAUAUUCCCAAGAGACUCUAACUUAAAAGACAAAUUCAUAAAGCAUUUCACAGGGCCGGUCACAUUUUCACCAGAAUGCAGCAAACAUUUCCACCGACUCUAUUACAAUACCAGGGAGUGCUCAACGCCAGCUUAUUACAAAAGAUGUGCUAGAUUGUUAACAAGAUUAGCAGUGAGUCCACUGUGCUCCCAGACCUAGCAAAACUACCCUACAUUUCCUAAGAAUGUACAUCUAAUUUGAAGAAAAAGUGCCUCAAAUCAUGCAAAAUGUAAAAAAAGAUGAAAUUUAUAUUUUUAUGGAUAUUAAGAUGAGUAAAAUAAGAGACUUCCCGGAAAUAACUGGUUAGCUGUUUCCUGUCAUAGAAUGGAGUCUUUCUUGCUUUAUCUUUUUGUGUAUACAGUAAUUUAUAAUUUUGUAAAACAGAGUUUGAAUCGCAUAUUGAAAAUUAGAUAUUAAAAAUUGUGUGAUUGUAUUUUAUUUUUACUAUAUUAUUUUCUUUAUAUGGUUAACAUUCUAAUUAAACGUUUAAUUGUGUAAAUUAUAUCUGUGAGUGCCAGUGAGAAAUAAUGAUUUUUUUGUAUAUGACUGUUAGUAUAUAUUUGUCAAAUCAUCGUGUACCAAGUUAAAUUUUAUAAUUCUUAUUUAAUAUUUAAAUACAUUUAUUUAGAACUUGUUGUCUUCACUUGCAUUAAUUUGAACUGUGAAUUUUAUUAAAGUUGAAAUAUGAAAAAAUGUGUUGUUUCCUUUGAAUUAAAGAUGUUUGUAAUAGAGGUUAUGCUUUUGAAGUGUGAUUACUAUAUAGGUAUAUGUGUAUAAAUAUGUACUGUUUGAAUUAAUAAUUAGAAUCCUGAGACAAUUUCUGCCUUUUAAAGUUAGAACAUCUGGUAUUGCUCUCUUAAAUACAAAGAAGUCCAGUUGUUCUUGGACUGGCGAGCUGUACAUCAAGGAGUGAGAAGAAUGUAUGGGUGGCCUGAAUGCUCUGUUUAGAAUGUAGCAGAAUACUCUGAUGCAUCCAGGAAGUUUCAUUUAAAAACAACAGUGAAAAAAAAUCGUGACCCUACAACAAAACAAUGGAGAACCUCCAUCCCUUUAAUUAGCAGACAAAUCAUGAGUUGCUUAACAAUAUCUAAACAGUGCAGUCAUUGACUUUGUAUCACUUGCCAACUGCUUGUGUUGGUGUCAUGAAGACAUAUGUAUCUCUGUGCCAUAUGGAAGCCAUCACUUCAAUUAUGCAGUGCUUUUGGUCUCUUGCAUAACUUCCAGACACUGUUUCGUGUCUCUUUGUGUAUGUAUACAUACAUUGUCCUUUGUUCCUCAGAAAACCAAGCGAAAAAAUGCCCCUUGGCUUCAGGAAUAUUAUGAAGCUCCGUUCUCAAUUUUUGGUUUCACUUAUUUUGGUCUAUGAGCAAAGAUUUACAAAUAAUUAUGUUUAAAAAAUCUGAGGUGGAGGAGAAAAUUCUGCAGUAAUGCUAUGUAAUAAUGAAAAAGACUACUUUUUAGUUAAUUGUACUUAUAAUAAUUGUAAUUCUGUAUCUGGGAAAAUGAAGUAGUUUUUGAUUAUAAGUAUCUGGGGAGCUGAGGGCUAUUUUUAUAAAGUGAAGAGGCUGUUGAAUGAUGAUAUAAAAUAACUUACUGCUGAGACAUAUUUGGCUGAAAUACAAAAAAUAGCCUAAAGGGGCUUUGUGAUUAGUAUGGUUUUAAUAAGAUAAAUGAUUUCAGAUGCAAUUCUAUGAAAUUAGAUUUUAAACAUUCCCAUAGAUAAGUAGUAUGCCUCAGAAAUGUAUUGCAUGCUAUAUAUUUCUCAAAAACCCGCAAAGAUAUAUUAAAUAUUACUCCAGUUAAAAUCAUGUUUAUUUUACUACAUGAUCCUCAUUUUCUCAUUGUAUUAAUAAGAAAAUUUUCUCACAUGGACAAAUGAGUGAUUUAAAUGUGAGUAGGGUAAAACAUUCAUGGUUACUUGGUAAAGUAAUAUCCACACAUCAGAGAAACGAUCUCAUUGUCUAAGCAGCAAGCCAGGAGGUUAACAAUGUUUUCAGAAUAUUUAGAGCUGCAUCAACUAAGUGGGCUGUUCUUAACUAGGUACUUAAGGGAUUUAGGCAAACAACCCAGUUAAGCUUGGAGCUGUCUGUAUAAUUACCUAACCUUCCACUUGACUUCUUAGUGUAGAUCUUUUGGUUUGAAAGGCAAAAUGCAGUUAGUAAAGCUAGCCCUUGAGACAUUCUAGAAGAGAGGAAGUGGGCUUUAACCUUGGGGUGGGGAGGGGAGGUGUAUGUGUCUUACCAUUUUCUACAUGGUAAAAAAUGGUUGACUGGAAAAACUAACCCUAUCUAAAGUAGCCUUUCCCCACAUUUUCUGGCUUAAUUUGCUUAAAAAUCAUUUAUCAGUCUACGCAAUCACACUUGAUGGUUUCUUAUCUACCUCGCCACAAUAAAUGGUGAUGAAUUCUCUCUACAAGAGAAGAGACUGUCUUCUGAAGUAUUUCUAGAGCCUACAACAAUGCCUGGUUCAUAGUAGGUACUUUGUGUAGUGAAAGAAUAAACAAUCAUCUCAUACUGCAAUGAAUGAGAUUAAUGAACACACUGUAACUGGUAAUAAAAAGCAGACAAUGACUUAUG